AUGGUAGACCACACGCAAACAGUUUAUGAUGAAGCGCUGAGCUAUAUUAGCUCGGUGCUAACUGUCACGCAACUUAAAAUCGUUCUGCGAAACUUUGGCUUAGCAGCUAGUGGAAGGAAAGUCGAACUACAGAAUAGACUGCUAGAAUACCUUCAAAUUGGACUACGGAAAAAUGACGGAGAACGAAUCAAUAGAGUGCAUGCGGCACUUAUAGAUGCUGUACAGGACCAUCCAAGUUCGCGCAGUACUGCAUUGCUAAACAUGGGUAAUAGGAACCCAUCAUCUAGCCAGUCUCCAGCACCGAAUAGAACUGGAUCUCAGCUCAUUACCACCCGUGAUUGGAUCAACUCUAUGACAAAUCCUAUGACUUACACACAACAAGUAAACAGUAUUGCUAGUGGUACCACUGUUAAUGGAACUGGACCUUUGGCACCACAGUCGGGAUAUCAAGGUUCGUCUGCAAGCUUAUUCAAUGGCUAUGCAUCUCAAUAUAAACCUCCCGAAAUACCUAUGAUCAAUCAUCAAGCAAUAAAUAUUGUCAAAUCGCCAUUUUAUGAUCUUACCACACGACUACAUACGCCUCUAAUAUUCCAACCGCCAUAUUCUGAGACUAAUCGGAGGUCUACUAAUUUCACACUCCCAGAUGAUAUACCAUGGUCGAGUAUAGAGUCGGGCGAGAAGCAAGUUUAUCUUUUAGGAAUUGAGUACAACGUUCAAUCACCUGAGGAACACCAACAUAUUUAUUUCCCCAGCAUUACUGAGUUAGUUGUUAGUAGCCAGGUUAUACCAGUGUCAGCGACAAAAGGUAUUAGGGGCAAACCAGGCUCAACUUUGCCGAUAAAUGUGACCCCAUAUGUUAAAAAGAGUCAUGAUCUUGGCCGGACCAGAUAUACUCUUGAUGCGACAAUUAAUUUUCCUCCUAAAGAGCGGGACCGGCCUCCUGACCCCAAUCUCCGCAAGACAUUUAUAAUUAUGACAUUCUUGGCAAUUCCCCAUUCCAUUGAAGAACUUAUCGACAACAUCAAGAAGCAGCCAUGGAUCAGCCGAGAGUCAGUGAAGCAGGCGAUAAUAGAUGAGAACCAAGAUGAGGAUGUUGUAGCUACGACUACGGUGCACAGUUUAAAGGACCCUGUGAGUUAUAGACGGAUUGAUACACCAAUUAGAUCGAUGCAUUGCAAACAUGUUGACUGUCUUGAUGCAGAGACGUUUUUCCAGCUACAGUUACAAGGACCGACGUGGAAGUGCUCUAUUUGCUCCAACCCCAUUACUUAUGAUGAAUUACGGCUAGAUGGGUAUUUUAAAGAUAUUCUCGACAACACGGACAAGAAUGCUGAGGAUGUUGAAAUCCUGCCGGAUGGAACUUGGGUUCAAAAGGGGGUGGGUGCAGUCGACUUGUCAGACAGUGAUGAUAGUGAAGAUGAUGCACUCACACAACGAGUUAAAAGACAAAAGGUGAUAAAGGCAGAACCUGGUUCAGCCGAUGCGUCGAUGCGGUCGACACCUAGUGUAGCGGUGCAGUCUGUAGCGGCUAGGAGACAAGAACCCGAGGUUAUUGAAUUGAGUGAUUCAGAUGACGACAUGACUGAUGAGGCACCUCCUGCCAUGCAUCAGCAACAAGAACAACCGGUUCAACAAGAGGCUGGACAGGAGACUCAACGGGAAGCUCAGCAGCAAGCUCGUUAUAAUGAAAGUGACGACUUUGAGACUAUUACUAACUUGUAUGGGAGGAAUUCAUUUACUGGUACUUCGCUCCUGUUUGGUGAUGUUGCUGAUGGGGUGGUCCUGGAUGGAGAAUCUGCAUCAGUUCCUGUAGAUGAUGGUACAGAUCAAGCUAGUCAUGGUGUUGUGAAUGGAGUAAAUACAGUUUCAAAUGAGUCAAGCGAUCAACCACAUACUCCUACUAGCAAUCCCCCAGAAAGCAAUCACAACUCGCCCAACUUAGACGACUAUACUUUAUCCUUACAAGAUACUCUACUGAGCUCUUCGUUACUGUUCAACAAACUUCCUGAUACGACUGCAAAAGUAACUCAAGUGCCCACUCCUAAAGAUCUGACUGGUGAUGGGUUAUCGACUGAUGCAGGAAAUGUCGAGGAUGAUGCUGAAAUUGCGUUAGCUCGUGCGAGAGCUGAUGUUGCUGCUACUUCUACUCCGGAACCGACUCCGGCUGUGACUCCAAGGAUAUUGGACUCGGUGGUUGGUUCUACCAGUGCUGCUACUAGUAAUGGUUCGAUCAACCCUGAUAUUGUAGCAGCUUCUAAUGGCAUUUCCAAUGACUCUGCAAAGAAGGAUACCAUACAAGAUAAUGGAAAUCACCCGGCUGAGAGUCUUGAUGUUGUUCCUGCUAUAGAGAGCAUCCCUAAUAGCAGAGAUACAGCGGCUGCAUCUGCCUUACAGUCUCUUAGGACAUCAUUUACUCCAGCAAAUAGCGAAUUUCCUGUGCAAAAUCCUUCAAUGCCGUCGCGUCCUCCAUAUAUUUCCCAGUCGAGUUCUAACGGAUUUCGUACGAUGCUGCCUAAAGGACCCAUUAUCAAUGAUCAAACUAGUGAGACAAGGUUACCAAGUCCUCAUGGUGGGCCUGCUGCUGCUGACACCGGGUCCCAAUUUCAAGAUCUUACUAGGAGGUUACACCCUAAUCGCAGUGACAUAGAUGUAUCGGAUACUGGUAAUCCAACACAUUCCAACCCUCCUUGGCGCCAGAACCUAUUGUCACAACCACCCCGUCGUCUCCCAGGGCUGGGUAUAGGUACUGGACUGGGUCCACGGCCUCGGUCAGAAUAUUCUAAUGUAGCCGAGUCUCACAAAAGGCGCCAUAACUCUUCAACUUCUCCGGUAGAGGCGCCUUUACCUCCAUGGUCACAACCUUCUACCACUGGACUGUUAGGUCAGCAUAUUCUACAUACUCCCAGUCAUGCAGAACCAGUUACUGGCACGUUUCCUCCACGGACGCAGCCUGUAAGAGGCCCUAGGGCACCUCCACCUGCACCUCCUCCUAUAAGACGGUCUGCUGGGAACUCAAGACCUGCUUCCAUCUCGUCACCUGCAUCUAGUUCGGCAACUAAUGCCACUGCUGACUCGUCUGAUGUCAUUGAUCUCACUCUGUCCGACUCUGAUUAA